UUUAUUUAGUUUUUUGACGAUUUUUGAAGACGUGUGGUAGUAUUUAGUGCAAAUUUAUAGACUCAAAACUCAAAAGAUUGCUAAAGCGAUUAUAUAAGAUGCUGCGGUAACAAAUACAACUGGCCGCGCAUUGGUUCUUUUGUUCCUGCGCCUGCCGACUACGACCGCGAUAGCCAGGUUUAUCAACUCCUGGCGCCGUUUGAAAUGUGAUAAGGCCAAAAAGGACAAAUUGGUUCUCACCGCCUCUGCAUGUUCUGCUGCUCGAGACUGACUAGAUUGGGGGAGCGGAUGGUCAGCAUGAAUUCAACUCUUGUUGAAACUGUCAGCAUAAACUAUGAGGAUUUCAACGAGAGUUUUCUUACAUGUGGGACGUGCUUGUAUGGCAUUUGGAGUGGUAUGUACGAUGGCCAGGAGCAUACCCCAAAGCUGUUGCAGUGUUCUCAUACGGUAUGCCUGCACUGCCUGACCAGAAUAGCUGCCUCCCAGACCAGAGACACCGGUUCCUUUCGAUGUCCAAUAUGCAGGGAACUGAUAACUAUACCGAGAGGAGGGGUGUCCGCCUUACCCCCGUCCUUCCUCGUCAACCAACUGUUAGAUCUGAUGUCCAGGCAGAGGAGAGAAGUCAUUCCAAAGUGUUCGGUCCAUAUCAAUCAGGAGCUGCUGUUCUGUGAGACUUGCGAUACGGUUUUCUGUACCUUGUGCACGGGGGGUUCCCACAAUGAUACGGCCAACAGUUGCGAGCAUACCAUCAUACCCUUUUCCAUUGCUAUCAAGAGGAUGUCCGAGAUUUUGCUGUACAAGGCUAACGAGUGUAUAUCAAAACUGACUCAAGCCCAAGAAGGGGUGAGUGCAGAAUUGACCAAGCUGGAUUUGGCGAAAGAGACCUGCCUCGAACAAAUCAACACAACAUUCCAGCAAAUCCAAACAUUAAUGGACCAGAGGAAGCAAGAAAUCAUCGACAAUGUAAAUUCUGUGUGUUCUGAAAAGAGACGGGUUCUGGAGGAGCAGCAUUCUCUCAUAGAAAGUGAAAAAAAUAAGGUUGAGCAGGAGUGUCAGGGACUGCAGUACCAGGUGGAAGUGCGAAACAUAACUCAACGAAUCGAAAUACUGUCGGAAAAACUGGAUGCCACCACUUCCUUAGGCGAGCCGAGGGAAAACGCCUUCCUUACCUGUGACUUCAAGCUGAACGACAGCCUAGAACAAAUACAACAACAUCUGAGUGUCCUAGGCAAGGUUCGGACAAGCACAACAUUCCCCAGUCUGUGCUCCGCUCAUUUAGAAGGUGAAGUGAUUGCCGGCAUAGAGAACUACGUGACGCUGAAAACGGUGGAUUACCACGGCAAUGCCAGGAAGAACGGAGGCGAUCCGGUGGAAGCCGAGCUGCUAGAAGUCACUGCGGACGAAUCGGAUCGGAGCUGCCCACAGCGAGUCGUAGACUGUGAUGAUGGUACUUACAAGAUCUAUUUUCGGGCCACGAACGCUGGCCGGUACGGAAUCAAGAUAUCUGUGAUCGAUAGGCCCAUAAAAGACAACCCGCUGUACUUCGACGUCACCGAACAUAACAACCCUGUGUGCGUUUACGGCUCCAGGGGCAGCGGGAAGGAUGAAUUUAUGCAGCCUGUCGCAGUAGCCAUAGACGAGAGGGAUCAGACUGUUUACGUGUUGGAUACCGGCAAUUCCAGGGUGAAGGUAUUGAACGAAGAGCUCGAGUUUGUUAAGCACGUUACGAAUGAAGGAUUACUCGGAAGGAGUUGCACAGGUAUUGCAAUAUCGAACGAGGGUCUAGUCGUGGUAAAUUGGAGAAGUAAAUACAUCACCGAGAUGACGACAGACGGAGAAACUAUCAAAUACUUCACUUACAAUGCAUUCCAAGAGCCCAUAGACGUGGCUGUGGAUAAGAGCUAUGGGCACGUUUUGGUUGCAGAUAACGGUAUGAGUUGCGUGUUUGUGUUCGAUGCGGAAGGCAAAAUCCUUUUUCAGGUUGGUAAAAAAGGAACAUUUAGUCUCAUUUCAUCUGUCACUGUAGGGCCCUUAGGGGAAAUAAUAGUUGCAGAUUCAAGGAUACAAGCGUUCUCGGCAAAGGGCGAUUUUAUGGAGGUGGUGUACGAUGAAGGCAGAGGUAAGGGGCGCUAUGGCGGCAUAACCAUAGACCCCGACAGCAAAAUACUCGUCAGCCGGACUGAGCAGAAGGGUAGGACCUACGUCCAGCUCCUCUCGCUCACCGACAGUUCUCUAAAUCAGUGCAUCGACUCGCACGACGCUAAACUGAAGCGGCCAAGCGGGCUGGCCACCACAAACGAUCACCACGUCAUCGUAGUGGACCUAGGCAAUAAUUGCAUAAAGAAAUAUCGAUAUUGGUAGUGAAUUUUUUUCUUAAUGCACGCGGUUGCUCAGCUUAAGGUGUUGCCUCUUUGGUUAUUAAUGAGUAUCGAAGCUCUCAUUAUCCACCCACAAAGUUUAUGAAAACAACACAGUAACGUAACGUAAAGAAUUAAAAUUUGCAUAUUUACUGCUCGUUUCGUAUGGUAAAUACAGGAUAAUAAAAGUUAUAUUAAGAUGCAUUGAAAUGUCCAUUUAUCGUCUAUGCAAUACAUUUUUAUUAUGUACACUAUUUUAAAUCAUCAGCAUAAUUACCUAGCAGCAGGAGUGGGCAGUUUGAAGCUUUUAAUGCUGAAAGUGUAAUAUUUUAACGGGGAAGUGGAUUAUAUAUAAAAUUUCGGCAAGGAAAAAAUUAAUAUUAAAAAAUAGAGAUGACUAACAUUCUCUUGUAAAAAAAAAAGAUUUUGGACUGCUGCAAGGAAACGUUUGCCGAUCCCUGAGUAUUACAGUAAAAUAUUCACUCAUAUGUUGCAAAAUGUGGCGCAAUUUUUUAUUUUCAUAUUUUUUUUUAUACUCGAGCUGUUGUAAAGUGCAUUUUUGACAUUUAAAGAAACUUAAUGUAAUUAAUUAUAUCAUAUUUCUCUAUGUGACUGCCAAUAUUUUUUUGCCAUGUUUUUAUGUGUUUUUUUUUAUCUCUUUUAUGUACAUAAUGUAUAUUAAUCGAUUCCUUGGUCCUUAAUUAUUAUCAUAGAUCUGUAGGCUUAAAUUAUUCUUUUUAAGAACUGUUUUGAAAACAUGUUAUUUAGCCUAAAACAUCUCUUAAUUUGUACUUAUUAGGUUGUAAAUUUGUCUUUUGUAAAUUUUAUCCUCGUGGCAUAUAUUUUUUUGUACAAAUGUAUCUUUCUAGUCAUUAGUCUGUAUUUUUAUAACUUGUACGUAUUUUUUUGUACAUACUGAAUAAAUAUAAUUCAA